GUGCCUUAAGGUUUUGUCGGAAGAUUGUUGGGUUAAAAGAAGAGUUCUAUAAUCGAUAUAUAAUCAAGGAAAAUCUCUUCAGACCAAUUGUGGAUGCUUUCCUCGCCAAUGGGGACAGAUAUAACCUCAUCAAUUCUGCUAUGAUUGAGCUGUUUGAAUUCAUCAAAGUGGUGUGUUUUUCUACAUUUAUUUAUUUGAAUACGUUAUGAUUUAUGAUAUUUAAAUAUUUUGUUAUAUUUAGAUAUUUCUCAGCAUUAAAAAUAAUUUGUGUAAAUAUGUUAUUUAUUAUUUCCAUUUUGAAGGAGGACAUUAAAUCUUUGAGUGUAUACAUAGUUGAGACAUUUCAAAAAGAUUUAGAAGGAAUCAAAUAUGUUAAAACCUUUGAAACACUGAAAGUUCGCUAUGAGCAACAGAGAGACAGGAACAGAGAAAAACACUCUUUUGAUAGGUAAGGAUAGUUUUUUUUUUCUAUAAGUAUUUUAGCCAUUUUAAAUAUUUUAAUGUGUUUUUGUCAGAAUUUUGUCCAACUCUCUUCAAGUUACUUUUCUUAAAUCUGGUAAAUUUCAACUGGUAGUAUUUUCAUCGUCUCGAUGUUGUUCAAUGUUUGUUUUUAAGCUUUACAUCAUCACAAGGCAUAGUGUAAGUUGUAACAUUUUUUUAAUUUGCUUUUUCUAAUAGCCCACUAAAAAAAGUUACACCUAUUAAACUGAAAAAAUCUGGAAAAAGAAAGUGGUCCGAUUUUCAGGUGUUGCCAGAAAUUGAAGAUGAUGAUGAUGAAGAUAGUGACCGGUAUAUGUUUCACCUAUGUUUGCUCAGAUCUGCCAAUGUUUUUAAUAAAGAUUUUAUAUUUUCUUUGAAAGCAGCGGGAUUUUUAAAUUCUCAUUUAACUCUGAUUUAUCUAUUUACUGUUAUAAGCAUUGCACAACUCACUUUUUAACCACGAGUACAAAGCAGCUUGUGGUAGGAAACUGUUACAUUGUCAGAUCUGAUAGAUUUUCUCAUUUCAUUUUAAAGUCAUUUUUGGUAGUUUGCCAAGUUACUGAUAUGCUGUGCACUUUUAGUUUUGAGUUUUAUCCGUUUGGCUUGCCUGCCUGUUCUAUAAUGUAAUUUUCAGUAUUCUUAUGUCUUAGACUCCAAAUUAUCAAUUUGAUCAGAGUAUAAAGAUCUGCUUUUCUUAUAUAGACUGUUCAACCAGAUGAUAUUACUUCAUCUUAACAAUUUUGUGGUAUUUCCACAGCCAUCUUGGAAUUUGCUUUGAGUAAUCUAAUUUAUCACAUGUUAAUUUUUUGUCGUUUUUUAAAGACUUUUAACGGUCAUUUAUGCUUUUAAUUUAUACAUUUUCCUUGAACCAAUUGUAACAAGGCUAAUAACAUACUGACUUAGAAUAUUUAACAAAAGUUUUAUUUUUACUUCCUCAACCCCUUUGACAUUAAAAGAUGUUCAUGGAAAUUCCAAAAAGCUUUUACUUAACAGAGAAAGCAAAAUGCUAGUUACCAUUCAUAAAUAAGACAAUGCAUUUACUCAUUCUAAAGCCAACAUUUAAAAAAAAUAUUUCACAGUAUAAUUUUGUUUUGACCAACCAUCAAUAUCUAUUUGGAAAAAAAAAUUAUACAUCUUCUUUGGGUUCAAAUCAAGGGCAUAUGAAUUAUUUCUAAGUUGUUCACCUCUUUAGCUAUUUAAAUUUAAACUAUUUUUUAAAAUGCCCACUCAAAACCUUCUAUUAACCAUUAGCAUAAAAGGCACUGAACAACAAAGCCACCUAAAUAUAUAUUUAUAUAUAGAAAUUACUUAUUUGGCUAAAAGUUAGGAACUUGGAACAAUUAUUUAUUACCUUAAAGUCAUUGUGAUAAGGUAGUAUAUACAUGGGAUCAUAGUUUGCACAGCACAUACUUUCAUAGUCAUUACAUUCUCAUUUUCCACUACAACUAAAUUAUGACAUAUUUGAAGGUGUCAUCCUUUAAAGAAUAAUUAUGAUUGUUUCUUCAGUUCAUAUUAGCUAAUUGUAUGUCCCUAUCAAUGAGAAAUUAGGUAUCUAGCAAUAUGUUAUAGAUAAUCAAUUUAAAAAAUAUAUAUUUUAGAUCAGUAUUUGCGAAUAUUAAUGUAAGCUAAUAACUUAAAAUGUGGUGGUUUUUUUUUCAAUUUUUAGUAAACAUGAACCAGUUUAAUAUUUUUUUUAUUUAGAAUGGAAUGUCCUUGGUUUGAUUGGCCUGGUGUUGACACACCUGGAUGCUAGUUUAGAGUUGACCAUAUUUCUUACACAUUUUUCAUUUUCUUAUUUUAAUAUAAUUUUUUUAUUUAGAAAACCUAAUUUUUCUUUGAUUUUUUAAUAGCAUUGCAUAUUUGUGGUAUCUAGAUUAUUUAUGAUGCAAAACAUUUAUGGAAUCCUCCAAGUCAGGGGUCUCAAACUCAAAGCAUCGGGGGGGGGGGGGGGCGCAGGAGGUAGAGUCUGAUUGGGUCUGGGCCGCAUCAAGUAUUACCCAAAAAAAAGCGCACAAAUUCAAUAAAGUACAACUGUUACAAUCUGCUCAACCUUUAUUAAUAACAAUUAAAAACAUUAAGUGGUCUCAAGAACUUGGCUUCACUUUCUCCUACUCCUUGUUGCCAGAGAUCUUGCAGCUCUUCUUCUAUAACAGCUGAGCAACAGUACUGCUUGAAGAUACUCAUUAAGUUUGGCCCUGAACUUUGACUUGUUUAAGUUCAUAAUGGAAAAGAGGUAGGGCAAUGCUCUCAUAAAUUGCCCAUGCUUGUCUGUUUUUUCAUUCACCUCCUGAACUUCGAAUUGCAUUGAAGAUCAAUCAGCUCCAUCCGCAGGGAUGGGAGCAUCUUCAACAUUAAAGGAGUAAGGGUCAGUAAAAAUUUGAAAAGUGUCUCUGUGUGUUUUGAAGUCUAAAAACAUGUCAUAAAUUCUUCCUGUAUCUUUGCAAUGGCAACAGUUUACUUACUACUGAAUCAUGCGCCUGAGUCCAUGAGUACUUUGCAUGUUGGGAAAUGGCAGAGGUUUCUUUAAGAACCAUAACACGUUGUGUGCAGAAUGCCCUGAUAUUGUCAUAUGCAACACUUACUAGCUACCCCUGGUCUUGUAACUUCUUGUUGAGUAAAUUCAGCUCCUGUGUAAUGACAACAAGAAAAGCCAAGUUCAUGGGCAAUUUGGGAUCCCUUAGUACAGAAACAACAACCCCAUCCUUCUCCAUGAAGACUCUAAAUGCCAAAAUGUUUUUAAACAGUACGCUUAAGCAGGCAAUAUUCAUGAAUUAUUGGUGCGAAGGAAGAUUUCUAUUGUUGGGAGAAUGAAUUUUGAUUUUUUAUUGCAGAAAAGGCCUUUUUUACUAACCCUAUUUUGAAAUUUGACCAAGCUGAAAGGCUCAGAAUUUCCAUCACUCGUAAACACUAGAGGCAAUUUAAAUAGGGAUUCUUAGAUACUUUGUCAGAUUGCUACGCUUUACACAAUUAUGGUUGGGCAUUACCUAUUAACUGACUUUUUUAAACUUUUCUCAAAACGCACUUUGGCCCUGUUUGUCUCAUAAAAUGAAAGGCUAUAAAAUAAAAACUUUUAGUCCGAUAUUAAAACGUUUUUUUUUACAUUAUAAUCAACAUCCAAAUCUAUACAAACAUUAAAAAAACAGAAUUAGACCGGUCUGUGAGAUUUGACUGAAACCGUGGGGGAGGGUCACAUUAUAGAUAUGAGAAUGGGGAAAACGCGCAGGCCGCAUUAAAACUAAACUUUGCUGUCAUGUAACGGGCUUCAAAAUAUGGUAUUGCGGGCUGCAAAUUGCCCGCGAGUUUGAGACCACUGCUCCAAGUCAUUCUACUUGAACAAAAAUUAAUAUAAUUUGUAGUUGACAUAAAUAAGUUUGUGAACUAUCCCACAGAUUUUGCUGAAGUCACUCAACAUAUCUUAAUUUUGCUAAAUAUUUGCUCACAGCCAUGCAGCAUCCAUAGUUCGCAAUAACAGAUUUCGCAGAGAUGCUCGGGCACCAGAUGAAGAUGAAGAGAUGUGGUUCAGCCAGGAUGAUGAAAAUGAAGAGAAUGAUAAUGCACCCCAAGUAUCAGAACUUCUUAAGAACAAAAUUGAAUCUGAUCUUGAUCAUAUACAUAAACUAUGGGAGAACAAAAAAAGUAAGUAAACAGUUGGUGGGAAUUUUUUAAUUGGCCAUGACCAUUUUGUUUCUUUCAUUUUAUUGUGCUGGCUUAGCAAAAAAAAAUAAAACAACAAAAAAAGUCAAUUAAAAUUUUUCACAUAGUGGAUAUUUUUUAUGUAAGGUUUGUUAAUAUUAUUUAUCAUAAUAAGUCCUAUCCCAACUAUAUUAUUACAAUAGCACAGAAGGAAGUUUGAGCUCAGGAACUGAGUCCAUCAAUACUAAGUCCUUAUAGUUUGUAAAUAUCAAAUAAUUGAAUUUCAGCAAAUAAUGCAAGGACAUCUUCUGCAGUCAGAUUGCAUUUUGGUGGAGUACUGGGUGCUCUCAAAUGUUCCAGAAAAUAUGGCUUGCCAAAAUCACACUUUCUGCGUAUGAUUCUUUAUUUUAACACCUGUUAAAAUAAUCUUUAUAACACUGAAGUGUUCAGCUUGAUUGUUUCUUCAGUUCUAUGACUGAAAAUUCUUGCUCACUAAUUGUAUUAACAUUUUUCUCUUAACUAUUAUUUAAAAAAUAAUUAUUUAAAAAAUGUGUUUUUAAAAUUACUUCUCUAUUAUUGUUAUAAUUCAGUGAAUUACAUGUUCUGUGUCAAUGAAAGAUCAAUGCUGAGAAUCCAGAGAUGCUUAAAUUAUGUGCUUAAAAUUAUUCAUUUCCCAUUUAUAUGCAAUGUUGAUUCUUAUUUAAAUAAACUUAAGUCAUAGGAGGUGUCCUGGGGUUUAAUGGACAUUACUAUCUUGUAGAUAAAUAUUUGUCGUAUAUUAAAAAGUUUUUAUAAUUAAGGGUAACUUUGUUUCUCUAAUUUUUUUUAUAGAUUAUAAAUUAUUUUUUUACUGUGGGAUUGUAUUUUAUGAGUGGAAAAUUUUAAGUUUGUGAUGAAGAAAACUAUUUAAAGGAAUAUAUUUGAGCUUUUAAAUUGCAUUCUUCUAUGAUUUUUCAUCACAAUUACCUGAGCUGACCAGAACUCAACUCCUCCAAAAAAAUCAGCUAAGCCCUUUUAUCAUCCCACAGCCAAAGAAAAUCAAUCCGAUGUAGGGGAUUCUCCACCACGACUGCUCAGUGGUUCAAAAUCAGCAAUCAACAUCAGUAUCAAGACUGGCAGCAAUUCUUCCCUUUCUUCGUUACUGAGCAUGCCAGAUAGUCCAGGUUCUCCAGGUGGAUCACCACCUGCACCAGGAUCACCAGAGUCACCCAGCAGUCCACCAACAUCACCACACUCACCCAACAGGCUCUGCCCAACGCCCCAUGUGUCUCCAAACAAUGUUCAAGCCAGUAAAGGAUCUUCUGGCACCAUCAAUAGUACUGUAGCAACCUCGAUAACCACCUCUUCUGCCAGCAUCACCACAUCUCGUGUCUCUGACAGUCCGCCUUCUACCAUUGCAGUAACUACUAAAACAGUAAGUAUGAUUUUCAUUUCUCUAUAAUAUUUAAUAUGCUAAAUCUGUGCAAAAUUUAUUUCUGAGCAAUUAUUUUUCUGGUACUCAUGCUUAUUUCUCAAAACUGCUUGAGUUUUGUGAUUGAUCUACUUUUCUAAAUUAACACUUUUUUUUACGUUUGUAAAUGCACAAAAAUAGACCUUUCUGAAUUAUCUUCACAGUAGUUAUUAAUUAAAUUAUUUAUCAAUUAAAUUUUAAGUUUUUAAUAGCUUAUUGUGUGUGUUUUUUCUCUUUCUUAGCCGGGCCUUAAAGGUCUAGUGGAUUACCCUGAUGAAGAUUCAGAAGAGGAGGAAGAGGAAGAAGAAGAGGAUGUGAUAGCACCAUCUCCAAAACGACCAAGAGUAGGAACGUAACAUUGACAAAACUUAAGUCCUCCUCAUCGUCAGUUUCUCACACAAACUUUCUAAAACACUUUGUGAUGUCUGUUACUAUGACAUCCACCUGAUGGAAGUGACAUUAUAGAAAAUCAGCGUGUUCCAUUUUUUUCCAGUCAGUUUUUACAAACCAUCUUAAGUUCCCAUCCAUAGAGAUCUUGGCUUGAGUUUAAAUUUCUUUGUUGGCAAUUGUGAAGUACUGCAUUCUCCUUACUGCCUUUUUAUUUUAUUUCAUGUAACACAUCAACACCCAUUUGGUUAUUUGUUUGUUAACAUAGUUAUAACCAACCAAGUUUAUUGAUGAUAUACCAUUACAUUUUUUUUUUUUGUAAAUCCAGAAUUCCAAUAAUUGUUUUCUUGAGUAAACCAGGUCACAGAAAUAAGCACCAAAUUUUUCAUAGAAUUAUUAAAUUUUAAGAAAAUACUUGAGGUCUGUACAGAGUUGAUUUAUCAAUAACAUAAGAAGGCUCUUCUCCAUGUCAAUUAAAUUCAGGGAUCAAUUUAUUCAUAAUAUAUGUUAGUUAUUGCUUAAGGGUGUGUUGUCUCAUAUUUCUCCUUAUUGGUAGUACGAAAUUUGAAUAAAUAGUGCUGCGCUCUGUUCUUUGAAGUUUAAAAAUAACUUUUUCUUUCUUUCUGUUAACGUUAUUCCGUCAUCUCUUUAAGACCAGUAAUUAUAGUUUCUUAUGUAAAUUUAAUUUAAGUACAUCCAGUGAUCUCAGUUUUGUUGGUCAUGUAAUGGAAAAGGUUUACAUUCUGUACCAAGGAAAUUCUCCAAAUAUCUGUUUAGACCACAAAGGGCUAUUUAUUGUUUUAUAAUUAGAGGAAUGCUGCACUCAGGUGAUGCGGAGUUCUGCAAAUGGAGGUUCUUGUAUAAUCCUAUAUCAAAAUCUCUGCAUUAUUUUUAAACUUUUAUGAUUUUAUAUUCAUUAAAAAUUAUAACAAAACUACCAACAAACCAGUCUAUGGGAGAUAAAAAUUUCUGACUGGGAGCAAAUGAUUCAUGCUAAGAUGUCCCACAUGAAUGCAAUAUUAUCUGCAUUAUGCUCUAUAUUUUUAUUUUUACAUUUAGACUCUUUGAGAAAAUUCAAAUAAAGAAACCAAAGGGAUAUGUUUGAAAUUAUAUUUUGAUUUAAUGUAGAAACAUGUAAAAUUUUCUUGAGUGUUAAUCUUUUUAAAAUAAAUUUAGCUUAAAACAUUUGUAACUUUUCAACAGUGCCACUGAAACUAAAUAUUUGUAACACAGUAGUCAAAUAUUGGUAGUUACUGUUAAAGUUUUUAUUUUUAAAAGGCACAUUGUCUAUGGCAGUUAUUUGAAAAUAACACAAGAUUUCCAGUCAGUCAUAUAUAUAUAUAUAUAUCUUUACCCUAAUUUGUAACAUAAAUUCAAGAAUUCACUCCUUUACAAAAAAUGUUUAAGUAAAAAGUAGGCUUGACAGCCAUUGUAUUGAAAUGGGGCUAAAGCAUUUGGAGUUUUUUAUGUGGUGAUAGAUGUACAAAUAAACUAAUUGUUAAUGAGGAAUUAAAUGUAUCUGAAAACUCAUGUUGAAAACUUUUAUCAACUUUUUUUUUGUUAAAGAAAUAUUGGAGGUUGCAUACUUGAUUUUGUAAUGUGAACAGUUAUUUAGAGUUAAGAGUUUUAAAAAAAUUGACUAUAGUUUGUGUGUUUUUGGCAGCAUCAGGAGAUUGUUUCAUACUACCACUUACAAUACUAUUUAGAGGCUGUAAGUAAAUGUUCGUCUCUUUACUUACCAUCAAAUUCUGCUGAAAGUAUUUUUAGCUGUAAAUAAAGCAAAUUAAAUUUCACGUAAUUGACACAAGAUGUCUUGAUUUCUGGUCUUUGCUCCUCGAUCUCUUAUGAGCAAAAAUAAAAACUCAUGUUUUGAGUAAACCAGUUUUAAGGUUUCAUUUCCAUUAAAUUCUGUGUAUUUUAAUAUAAACCGAUUAAUUCAUCAUGUCUAGUGAGAUUAAACCUCAUUCUUGUCAAAUAAUUUUUAAAACAUUUUCUUAUAUUUCAAAAUUGGGAGGUUGUUAUUUUUUCUCCCAAAGAAUACUGUUUUUGUCUUAUUAGGUGCAAAAAUAUUGUCUGUGUGGAGAAACACGUUUCGUUUGAAAAUUAAUUUUUACUAGCAAAUUGUUUCUGUCUUUUUAUAUUUUCACUGGAUGGUUUGUCAGCGGCUAAGAAUAAUUUGAACUAAAUGAAGCGCCUGAAAUCAUGGGGCAGUUAGGGUCAGUGUACAUUUUAGUGUUUUUCUUUGACUCGUUCACCACCAAGAUUUUAUUUUCUUCUGAUCAACCUUCAAUUUCUUCUUUUGAAAGUUUAUGAACAUAGAAAUGAAUUACUUCCAAAAUCUUGAGCCACCACCAUCAGCAAUAAAUGAAAGAAAAUGACAAAACAUGAGCCCUAUAUUUGUAGGGCUCAAUGGAACAUUUAUUGCCUCUGUUUUUUUGUUUUCUUUUUUAAAUCUGUAUAAAAACAACUGCUGGUAUCUGAUUUAUUUGGAAAGCUUCCCAGGUAACUGUGCUAAUGUGUCAGAUUUAUUUGGCAGGCUUAUCAGGUAACUGCUAAUGUGUGUUUCAAAAAUGUUCUACGAGCGAGACAACAUUUUAGUUUUCCUCAAUAUUAAUUGAAUGAUUUUGUUGAAACUGUUAACUAGGUGCAUAUGGGAGUGAUUUAUUACCUUCUUACCCCUGUGCUGACACAUCCACUACCUGGAAGAUAAACCACCUUUGUAGAAUUUGACAUGUGAUAUAAAUAAGUGUAUCAAUAGUAUUAGAAUAACCGAUCUAUUUUUGUUCUCUCCUCUUCUGCGCUGUCCUCCCUCCCCUAGCCCGUAACUAAAUUUCAUUGAGGGUUACCUAUAACUGUGUACAUAUGAAUGCUGUCAGAGUUCAGUCAUAGUUUUAAGGUCUUGAAAAAUACCAUUGAUUUGCCUAUUGCUUAGAAAUAGAAUAGAAUUGUACAAUGUCAGAAAUGUAUAGGGGUAUAUACAAUUCUGGGCUUUAAUGUAACCAUCAACAUAUAUCAAAUGCUCGGUUUGAAUGCAGAGACACUCAAGUCAAUGUUAAUGCCUGAGUUAAUAGUAAUAUAACACACGCACACACACACCCGACACAGAGAGGGAUGUUAGAAUUUGGCAAUGACGAUUGAAUAUCUCUUGAUAAAUAAAUUGAUGUUUGUGCAAAAUAUCAGUUAAUUUGUGCAUGUCAGGAGUUAAAUUUCAUUUAGAAUAAUUGAACUCUGUUUAAAUUGUCACCUUGUAUGACGGUAAGUAGUCAAGUCAAAUGUUGUGCUACAAAAUGUUUGACAACAUUGUAAUUGGUAUAUUUCCCAGGGAUGGAAAUUCUAAAGAAUUGUAAAGUACCUAUUUAACGAACCAAAAAAAAAAAAAUUUAGCUUCAAAUGGCUAUUUUGCAACAGAAAAUUGGCCCUGUCAGAAAGCAGGAAAUGUAAUUCAUUUUACCUCACAUUAUAAUAAUUAUAUGCCAGCAAAUCAGCAAACUUAAUCUAACAUUUUUCAGUCUUAUUUUGUACAUGCCUUAUGUUAAGAUUUAAAACAAGUGAAAAUAUUGACAUUAUAACUUAUAUUAUAAUCUUCUGUUUAGAUUCCAUAGUUUUCACCCUCUUGCUUAGUUAUCAUAACAGCUCGGGAUUCUGGGCAUUAAAAAUGGCUUAGGAGCUUUUAAAGAAAAAAAAGAUUUUAAUGGAUAUCAGGUGAAGAAGUCUUGGAGAUGGUUAGAAUGCAUUUUUCAGAGUAUUCCUGAUGUCUAAAGGUCAUGAGAUUUUGACUGACCUCAGCUGAACUAUAUCAUGUUUCUCUUGAUACACACCCCAACAGUAGAAAGUUAUUAGUGUAGGAUUAGUUGAAAUGUAUGUUUCACAUUUCUUGAACAGAAUUACAGUUAGUAGGAUGCUCAAAUUAGUGAGAUUUUUAAUGUGUUAUGUUAAAACCAUCAAUACUAAUUUGUCAGUUUGGAAUUCAUGUCAUAAAUGGAAAUCAAGGGGGGUCACUAAUUUGGAGGACAGAGUUGUUUAAAAGUAUUUAUUGAAAACUGCCAAAAUUCUAAAUUUUUUUUUUUUUUUUUCAAUUUGCCUGGAAUUUUACCAGCAGUUUCUGUAUAUGUACAUUUGUACAAAAUGCCUCACCAAUCAGAUGAACACUUCUGGUGUAAAUGGGUGUAUGUGUGAGUGUGCCUUCACAGGUUAUCUUGAUGACCGUAACAUUUACAUGCUUGUCAUAUGAAAUUAAAAGACUAAAGGGAAAAAUGUUUUAAGCAAAUCAUGCAUGGUUUUAAGAAGGGAAAAAAUGUUUGACCAAAGCUUGUAUGGUUUUGAAAAGUCCAUUUGUGUAUAAAGAUCUGUU